UCUAGACAGGCAAGCUAGCAAUUACUAGUAGCCCGGACCGACAGUGGCGCUGGAGAGGUUCGUGAAGCUAGAUUCGACAGCUCAUGAACGACCCCAAGGGAUGGAGUAGAAAAAUGUUAUAUAAACAGAUAGAAUGCAAAGCUAGAGAUCUCUGCGUUGUACAAGAAGCGCAGGGCGGGCAAAUCCUUUUUUUUCCCUUCCACGUUUGCCUCGGAGCCACGAUGACGGAGUUAUCGGCUGCGGCUCUGACCCUCCGCGGAGCUCGGCCUCAACUAACCAGUCGGGUCAACGUUGAUGACUGCGGACGGCGAUCUCGGUGCAAACAAGGGUUUGGAACUGGAGAUUUUACGCGUGGAAUCAUUGCUUGCAUUGAAGAAGACUGCAGUCCCCACGAUGGCGCAGAUUCCAACACCGCCUGCCUCCCGCUGUGCCUCCGAACCAGCAGACGGCUCACAAGAAGGCGGACGAAAACCAGUCGUUGCAGAAGUUACCUCUGGGGAAUUGUUAGAGUCUCUGGAUCAGGCCCUUGAGAGGUAUCUUGAGCUUCUCGAUCGACACCAGAAGCUUCAGGUGGAGCUGGGAAAGUGUCUGUCAUCGGGAUUUCUGUCUCUUGCUCAUGCGAAUUACUCGUCGCCCCCCGGCCGAAGAUAUGGGGUUGAUUACUACGAUGAUCGCAUGAAGGCCACUCGGAAAAUAUCGCUAGAGCCAACGGUGGUCACAUCGGACACGGAAACUUUCAUUGAAGAAAAUCGCCAACCCGAUACUCCCAGACAUGCGUUUACGAUAACGCAUGCCCCUCGAGAAGAUAAUCCUGCUACAGAGGACAAAGAAACCGGGCGAGGCGAUGGCGGAGAAAAGCCGAUGGAACCUCCAACACCUACUGAACAGCCAGGUGUGAACUCACACGAGGGAGAGCAACGGUCGGUUUCAACUAGCGGUUCGGAAACCGAGGCUGCAGCAUCUGUGAAACCCAAGCCUGCUAGAAAGGUGUUUCGCUCCUGGGACCCUAUCACAUGGUAUGGGAUCUUGGUUCCGCCGUCUCUACGCCACGCGCAGAAAUCUUUCACGGAAGCCGUGGAGGGUCCCGUGUCUGGGUUAGCGGGUACGGUCGUUGAAAUGAAAGAGGCCGAAGAGAAGAUUCUCGAACUGCGUAAGGCAAUCGAGCAAAGGAAUCAUUGAGGAUGAGUAGACAGCGUGUUGGUAUGUUUCUAUUUAUCCACAUCAAUACUCGUUCAAUAUAGAUGUAUGUACUCUCGUAUUGAUAAUGUAACGAGCUUCGUGAGUCUAUAUUGUGCAUAAGCUAUAGAUUUUCA